CAAUCCGCAUCGUUUCCCCUGCCUCUUUUUCGUGAUAUUUUAGCAAACCUAAAUAAACCAUAAGAUCCAGCGAGGCGCAAGAAUCUUUCGUCGUAGUGCGCGAUAUAUCGAUAGCAAGCUCAGCUGCCGAAUUUGUCCUGUGCGUAUUCUUUCGCGUCGGCCGGUUUUUUAUCCAGUCCGUGUUGCCCUAAAGGCCAUUCCAUUUCUGUGAUUCCCUUACCAAUUUCGGGCAGGUUUUGCUAUUUUCUUGGUAGAAAAAGAGCCAAACAAACAAUACCAUGGACGCGAUUAAGAAAAAGAUGCAAGCUAUGAAGCUUGAAAAGGAAAACGCAAUGGAUCGUGCCGAUGCCCAAGAGCAGAAGUGCCGCGAAGCCGAAAAGCGCGCCGAAAAGGCAGAGGAGGAUGUGAAAGACCUCCAGAAGAAGAUCCAGCAGGUCGAGAACGACCUUGAUCAGACCCAGGAGAAACUCCUUGCCAAAGAAAAGGCCCUUGAGGAGGCGGACAAGAAAUGCGCCGACGCGGAAGCCGAGGUGGCAGCUCUGAAUCGUAGGAUUCAGUUACUCGAGGAAGAUUUGGAAAGGACCGAAGAAAGACUUAAAUCGGCCACUUCCAAGUUGGAAGAAGCAUGCGCCGCAGCCGACGAAUCGGAGCGUGCGAGGAAAGCCUUGGAAAACAGAUCAAAUCUUGACGAUGAUCGUUGUUCUCAAUUGGAAGAGCAGCUUGCACAAGCACGAGCGUUAGCCGAAGAAGCAGACCGAAAAUACGAAGAGGUUGCACGCAAACUAGUCAUGGUUGAAGCUGACCUUGAGCGCGCGGAGGAGCGCGCCGAAGCCGGAGAAAUGAAGAUCGUGGAGUUGGAGGAGGAACUCCGUGUUGUCGGUAACAACCUGAAAUCUCUGGAAGUCAGCGAAGAGAAGGCUCUGCAACGCGAAGAUUCGUAUGAAGAACAAAUCCGCGUUAUGACCACCCGGCUUAAGGAGGCGGAAACUCGCGCGGAAUUUGCCGAACGGUCUGUACAGAAAUUACAGAAAGAAGUGGACCGCUUGGAAGACGAGCUUGUUGCCGAAAAAGAGAAAUGCAAGGCCCUUACGGAAGAAAUGGAAGCGACGUUACAGGAUAUCCAGUCCAUGUAGAUGUGCAUUCUGCAUGUACAUAUAUGUUAUCUACGACGUGGUCCACGAGAAGGAAAGAUACAAAACCAUCUCGGACGAGUUGGACCAGACUUUCUCCGAGCUAUCAGGCUACUGAGCAGUCUUCUUCUCUCAUCUUCCGCUUUAUUGUGCCCUUCUGUCAUCAGCUGUUUGUAAAAAUCUUAAAAAGCCACCCUGUAUAUCAAGACCGAAAAGAUUUUCGUUUGUGUUGUCCUUUGUUUAUUUCUGACCGUUUGACGACAUCAUGUCCAUAACUCCCUUCAUCUGCACUCUCAAUUACGCCAUUUCCGUAUCAUCCACCCCGACUACACCAUCUGUUGAGUUUGGGUUCUUUUUGGUUGUCGGAUAUUGGUUAUAGUCACCUUGCUAUCCCUGUGCUUUGGCCAGUUGGUAGUGCUUUUGGAAGCUACACAUGCAGUAUGGAGUCAGACGUACUAGUUUGUGUUCUAGUGCAAAUUAACUUUAUUUUAGCUGUGUCUUUUGUGCUUUCAUAGACCAUUUGAUUUAUAAUUUCUUGAUAUUGUUUUAAUUUUACCUUCAUAAAAUUAUGUUUUUGCUGUUUAUUCUGGUUCACUUUGCUUUUGUGCCAUUCGAUACCGGUAAUAUUAUUAUCAUUGAGUCAGUGUUUUAUUAUCUGAGGCUACAACAUCAUGGUUUAGCUAUUCGUUGUAUGCGGUUUUCAACAAUUUAGCUGUUCCUGAUAUUUACGGUUUAAUAAAAAUUAACGAGGCAA